GCGCGGCGGAAAUGUGGAUGGGGAGCGGGCUGGAGUGGGCGGGGACGCUGGCGGCCGGCCCUGGCACUGGCGUUGGGCGCCGGCGUCCGCGCUCGCGCAAGGCGCUGGAGUCCGCGCUGGCGUCCGCGCUGGUGCAGGGCGUUGGCGUCCGCGCUGGUGCAGGGCACAGGCGUCCGCGCUGGCGCUCGGCGCUGGCGAACGCGCUGGCGCAAGGCGCGGGCGUCCGCGCUGGCGGUCGGCGCUGGCUUCCGCGCUAG